CAGGAGUAUUUCACAUAAGUCUUACAAAUAUAGUCUCUCUUUCUAAACGUGCUUUUUGCAUAUUGAUGAAAGAAACACUGUUUUUUGUUUGGCUUAUCAUUCACACAACUUAGUCUUCAGUUCUGUGCUAUGCAACAGAAUAGCUGCAUUGAAAAAAAUGCCUUCAGUCUCUCUUUACAAUGUUAGUAAUCCUUCUACCUUUUUGGUGGGACUUUUUUUUAGUUUGUGUCACCUGAGCAUAGAGUCAAAUUCAUUCAGAAACAUCAGUAAGAACAAUUUGCAAUAAAUAGAGAUUAAAAUAUGCAAAGAAUCAUGGGAGUAAGUAAAUGCUAAGUUCAAACUUGGAAGUAAAGUUUUUCCUAUUGAUUUCCUUGCUGUAUUUAAUAAACGAAAUCAUAGCCCAGUGUUUAAAAGAGUUUGCUUUUUAUGCUACUGUGUAUGUUAAUGUUUCUAGGAAAAAAUGAAGAUGCUUUCUGCAGUUCAAAUACUGCUUGGUCAAAUAUAUAAUAUAAUCAUUCACUCUGUUCCAUACUGUCACAUUCUGAUGGUUCCCAAUGGAGUAUUGUUCUGAUGCAGAUUUAAGCUUAUUGUGGGCUUGCAAAAUAUCAGUGAAAAUGCAUUUCAAAUUCUUUUACAGACAGUGAUGUUACUAACAGUGCAUACUAACACAAAAAUCUUGAUUUGAAGCCUUUAUUGUUUUUUCCUUCUUGGUGUUCUUAAAAGACUUAAUUUUGCAUUUUACAAAAUUAUGUGAAGUAGCAUGAACAACUUAGCCCGUAUGAAUAAAUGGGAACUUCCUCAAGUGAGGAGGUAAGGAGUCAAAUAAAUUAAAAAUUACUACUCAUAUUUAGGAGGGCAAUGACUGCCAUAGCCCUUACAAAUACAAUGAAAACUCUUUAUUCACUCAAAGAAUUGGCUUAUGUUUAAAGCACAAAUAGUGAGACCAGUUCCAAGUACCAUCAGAUGAGGUGGAUUGUACAAACGUUUUUCCCUGGUUCUUCAAGGCUGACCACAAUCCUAGCAGAAGUUUAGUCAUACUAUGGAAACUUCACUUGAUUUCACUUGUAGCUAGUAAAAAAACCCAUAAAUCACAGAUCUUCUGCUUUGGAUUUUUAGCUGGUGUGAAUUGCUUAGAGUUUGAUGGGAGGCUGUAGUGAUUAACCUUUCAUAAUGUAGGUUAUACUUCAAAUACACAAAGCCAUUUUUUACUUGCAUGUGUCAUCCCAGUGCAAACAAAGCAUCUAAGUGAUUCCAUGUAAAAGCAUUAUGUUAGUGAUGACAAAUAUAUUUAACCUCAUACAGUGAUUUGUGUUCUGCUGUGAAGGACCUGCUGUUUAGGUGAUAAGUGCUUAGGUUCACUAUGUCCCUGAAGGUUACUUCAAUUCAUGUUCUGUCUGAAGUAAUAGUUCAGCUUCCUUUGCUUUUCCCCCUUUUCAGUCCUUGCCUCGCUUUGCUUCGCUUUCUCUAUCUCUAGUUCAGUUUGAGCAAUUCCCUUAACAUUUGCAAGCUAAAGCAUGGUGCUAUCUGGCUAUCUAUCUCCAUUAAAUUAUCCUCCAGAUCUUUAACUGCUUUGUGCUGUCAGGAAAAUGUGAAUGUAGCUUGGGAGUGCAUAUUAGCAAGACAUAUUUGUUCUAACUUUGAACAUUUUGGCCAAAAAAAGGAUUGACUGUGUCCUAAGACCUUCAGGCCUCUGCGAGGAAAAAAAACAACAUACUUUACAGAGGGGUAGACAGAAAGUUAAAUAAAACGUUAGUGAUGCUUUGAGUGUUUUGCUUGUUCUCGUGGAUUGGCUCCAUGUCCUGAUCUUUCAUUAAGGAUUUCAGCAUUUGAGAAAGUCAUUGCUGUGGCAUGUGAUGAAAUCAGCCAAUCGUGACUGUUCUGCAUGGCUAGAUCUACUAUAUUUUGUCCAAGAAUUGGAACAAAUUCUUAUUAAAUGAUUAGGAAAAAAAGAUUAACACCUUUUUAUCAGUAGAGGAAUUAUCAACGUGAAACAUUUUGUCCUGUAGCAUAAUUCAAAGCUGUAGAGGCAUAGAAGAGAGGAAGCUGAGCCUAGAGAGACGCUGAUGUUAUUAAACAAACCUGCAGUUUUAGUGGAGUUAAAAUCAAGUGUAAAAAGCGAAAAUAACUGUUGCUUAAGCUGUCUUAAUUAUAUACUUUAAAAUGAUCUGUACUGCAGUUCUUAUUUGUAAUAUUGAGGAUUUCUCUUCAGCCACACUAAGUUUGGCAAGCAGCAGGGUGUGGGAUAAAGGCCUUAGCUACUUUCUCUCACUCCACGUACUCAGGUACUCAAUUGGAGUAACUAUGUAGUUACUCUAAUUUAGCUGAGCUUGGUUGAAGUUGACCAUAAGAUUCACGGACAAGAUCAAAGUAGAAUUUUAUGCUGGGGUGAGAGAUCUUGAUUAAAGCAGUGUCUGCAUUAGGAAACUGAACUUUCUUCUCCAGCUUGUAUUUUAUUAUAUUCUUUUUUCUGAAGCUAAUGAUGCAAUAUCAGUGACUUUUUUUUUGUUUGCUCUAUGAUGUUCUUAACUGGUUCUGUGCUGUUUUGCAAGGCAAUUUAUAAUGGUACACAGAUAAUUAUGAGAGUUUUCUGAACGGGUUCCAUUUAAUUCCAUGAUUAAGUUAGUCACUUAAGUCACAUUUGAAUCUCCUGUCCCUUUUCUUGAAACAACAGAAGGGAAACCUGAAAGAUGUUCUUGUUCAGGUACUUUCUAAAGCCUUAAAAGGUAUACCGUAACUUGGCUGAUUCUACUAUUCUAACGAUAAUCCAUAGAGUGCAUUAGAGUUGGAGUGCACUGCCUCCAACUAUAGAAGCAGGAGUCUUUGAGACAAUAACAAAUGGGUAGGGGUUGCCUCAAUCACACCUUAAUUCUCUCCCCCCCCACUCCCCACCCCGCCCCGAGUUUAAGACAGAUGGUGGGUAUCAUGGAAUUUUUUGUAGUGGUUUGCAGCCUACCUCAAUUCUCCAUGUUUCAAGUUCUUAUACAGUAGCAGUAGUGCCUGAAAUAAAGUAGACGUGAUAAAUAGUCACAGUAAGUAGUAACUAGAAUGAUCUACUGAAUGUUAAAGUGAUCUGAAAGACAGCUCCUGUAAAAGUUAGGCCCUCAGGAACAUGAAAGUGAGACUCAAAAAUGGAAACUUACCCAAAGAUGGCAGGUGCAAAUGGCUGAGGUACUGACACUCGAGGGCAGGAAAGGUUUUGAGGAGGAAAAAAAAAAUCACAAACAUAUUUAGUGCGAGUGUCUAUUCUGUAGUUCUUCCUAUCUAACCACCAGCCUUUUAAAGACAAACCUAAUAAAGUGCUUUUAAGUUCUCAUUAAUAAAAAUGCCAAAGUCCAAAAUUGCUGUCUUAGAACAUUUUUGAACCAGCCGCUACUUAUCCUUGCAUAUAUAGGCACUAACUACUCCUCACUUAGCAGUAGCUUCAUAGAUGCUUUAUUCUUACUGUUUGUGACUAGAACUGCUUAGUCUUAAAUAGCUCACUACUUGCCUUCUGUCCAAGCCUGUUCAGUAGGAUGGCGCUAGUUAUAUUUUUGCCUGAGAAGUCCCGUUCAGGAACACUUGGAUUCACUGUGUCUCAGAAUGCACUUUUGGCCACUGUCUUUCAAAACAUAACCAAGAAGGUCACAAGAGAUUAUAAUAUUAAUUUGGGCACUAGAAAAGUGAGAAAUUGGACCCAUGACUUCAGGAGGGAGUGCUGAUGACCAUCCCCUAGGCUACUGUGGGAUGCAAAAAAACCUAAUCCUUCUGUUGAAGAUAGCCCUCAUAGCAAAGAACUUGUCGAGGUACGGAGAAAACAGGCCUGAAUCUAUGGCAGGCACAAGAAGAACGAAAGACUGGAAGUCCGGUUCCCGCUCUAAAUAUUGUUCAGGGAAUUCUCUUAAGUACAAAAUGCAUUAACGAGUCCUUUAAGAGGAAGCUAGAAUUUUAGUGCAGCCCUAAUUUGAUCCAUGCAGACCAACUGCUACUUUUGUUUGAAAUGAAAAAUUGUUGCUUUAACUUACUUGAAUGUUGCUUUUCAUUUCUAUGGCAAGUUAGAAAAAAAAAUCAUAGUGUUUCAAGAGCCAUAACUUAAAAUAUCUGCUGUGUGCCAAGACGUAACUGUUAACUCUAGCUAUAAUAAUAAAUGCAAGGAGGCCACCUCAUGGUGGCUGAAGGAAGUUGUAACUUUGUUCAUUUAAAAUCUUUUCCGUGAAAUUGGAUUAAUUUUGACAAAAGUAGAGAAUAACCAUCUGAACUACAAGGAAAUUGAAUGCUGCUCACAGGAAGUACAUGAGGAGUGGAAAGUUGCAGCAGCAUGUGAGUUACAGGGUGUAGUUGCACGUGCAUAAAUAGCCUUCAGGGCUUCUGGAGUGUCCUUGAUCACUGCAUACUACUUUGUUAUGAAAUAGCAUAUAGUCCUAGCCGUUUUUUCCCUCAACCCAUACCUCCCAACUGUUUAAGGCAUGGGUCACUGCUCACAGCGUUCAGGAGUAAAAGUUAAAGUCUCUUUACCGUUUGACUUAAGCAUCAAGAAUUCCCUGCUCCUAAUACCACUGCUUAGAUAGGGCCUAGGUACAACCAUGUGAAAAAACAAGCAGCAGUUUGGACCAAGGGCCAGCACAGGGAAAAAAUCGUAAUUCUUACAGGUAUGAUGGCUAGAAGCUUAUGUCAUGAAGAAAACAAAAAGGAAGCUUCUAAACUUCUUUUCUCCUCAAAACUUUUCCUGACCCUAAGAAAUGAGUUGAUUUUUUUUUUUUUUUUUUUUAACCACAGGUCUUCAUGCCAGAGGAAUAUCCUAUGUAAUGUAUCAUUGUAAUGACUGGCAGCAUGUCUGCCUAAUGUGACAACUGGUAGUUUUGCAAGUGUUAUAUACCUUGAUAUUUUAAUCUUUAUUUAUGCAGGGACUCAAACCAAUAGUAUCCACUGAAUCCCCAGCUUUGAUUUUUGGGACAACAACUAAACUUGCUUCAGACUUACCAGCAGCUGGUUCUUUCUUGGGUAAAAACAAGGUGCCAGACCUACAGAAACUUUUUCAGUCUGAAUUGAAAGCAGAUGGACUGCCAGUACACCUGAAAGGGGGAGUUCCAGAUAAGCUGCUUUAUCGGACCACUAUGGCUCUAACAAUAGGCGGGACUAUCUACUGUCUAGUAGCACUGUACAUGGCCUCACAGCCAAGAAACCAAAAGUGAAUGAACAGUAACUAAUGGGACUAACGGCGUUUCUCUGAAGGACCUCCUGCUUAUAUCUCUCUUCACUUGCUUUUUAAUCCUGUGAUCAUAUAGAGUGUGUUAUUCAGAUCAAAUGCGUUUGAGAAAGUAUUUUUAAAUUGGUUGCCUUAUGUAUUCUGGAAAUCAUAUAAACAAAGAUUUAAAGCCACCCUUUUGAUGUACGGUUGUAGCCUUGCAUUUGUUGUUGUGCAGGAGUGUAUGAACCGUUGGAGAAAGUUUACUUUUCUUCUUUCUCUUCCUCCAUAUGCUGUUAGAGAUAGGACAGGAGAAAUACUUUUGGAGCAAUAUUCCAUGCCCCUCAGUGGGAAGAUGCUAUCAGUUUCAAAAACAGUAAAGCAAAUCAUUUAAUUACUGCUAGACACCAAGAAUCUGUUCCUGUCAUAGACAACUCAUUUUACAUAAGCAGGUGGUAAUGGAACUUUUCCAAAUGCUGGUAUAUCUUUAGGCGUUUGUACCUUUAAGGCCUUUGUCCUACUGAUCGUUAUCUCCUUGAAACAUUCAAACAGGGUUUGUUCCAUAAUGUAAACACCAAUGUAUGCAGCAGAAUGCAGCAGUACUGUAGCAUUAGUUAUACCAGUUUUUGGACUAUCACUUGUCAAAUUCUCAUGUAUUGUGCAAUAAAAAUAACUACAUGAAUAAUUAAAGUGGCAAGUCUUGAAAGUCUCAUACUGUUUCAGCUGGCCCAGUGGUAAAGUAUAGUAGUUUAAGUUCAACUUGUAGAUCUCAAACUAGACGAUUGAACUGCCUUAUUGUAAUCUUUCUGAGAUGGUAAUCUGCUUGAAACCUUAUCUCAGAACUCAUGGGAUGCCUAACUAUAAUUUUUUUUGUGAAACAGGUCACUACAUUUCGUAGCUCAGCUGGUGGGGAAACGGUUGGAAGUUAAUAAAACCCUUCAAUUAAUUCUUUCCUCUGUAGAAUCGGAACCUUGGACUACAGCUAGUCUUGCACACAAGCCUUCAUACAAGCAUCUCCUAAUUUAAUAGGUAUUCCUCUAGUUUAUGAACAGAGUAUUCACUCCUGGUCACUCAGACACUAAAUCUGGGCAAGAGUGGUUUCACUGGCCUCUGUCAACACCUGUCUCUUCCAGAGCUGUGAAGAAAUCACCUUCCUCUUAAAUAAGCAAAAUAGUUGAUAAAGAACCUAAAAUUUAUAUUUGUUCGUUCUCUUACUAAAAACAUUCUAAUUUGUUUUGCAAUUAAGUUGUACUAAAGCCUUAUUACUGUUCCAUAGAAAAGGAAAUAGCUGCUUGUACUUUGAUCUCAGGUUUCAGGCGGUGUUGCUAUUUCAGGAAUGGAGAGAUUAAGUCACUGGAUAAGAAAUUUGUAAGGACAGCAAGGCUCAAAGAACAGCAAAGGAUUAAUGAACUUCUCCAGCAGCUGACAGCUACAUAGUCUAUAGUCUCUGCUGAUAAAAAUAUAUUAACCGCAGUAGCUCAUGCUUCCACGGAUCAAAGAUUCAUGUGCUGUAGGCUGCAGUAUCUUAAAAAAAAAAAAAAAAACACUGACCAUGUCUUCCCUGCAUUAUCAUAUAUUAAGCAGCACCUACAAUAAUCUUCUAAUAAAGGAUACUUUGCUUUGCACACAAACUUGACAGGUAACUCUUCAUGAGGAUAAGUUUUGCUCAGAGAAUUUAUGUUCUGAGCUUUUUAAAAAAAUAUUUUUAGAGUUCACAUAGAGAAUAACAACUUUCUGAUUGUUGCUAGGGCAGAUGUGGAUGAAGUAACUAGACUGUUAUCCCAUAGCUUAUUAAGAAUUGGAAAUGGUCUGCAGCCAUGGGGAUAGGCUCCAGCCUUGAGAGGAAAAGGAAAUUGUGCAUUUCUCUAUCCCCACAGCGAAGUGCUCUGAAGAACAGGAAAACUUGCAAGCUGCAGCCUGAGGUGUUAGGAUGUGGAAGCAAAAUCUUGCCCCUUUUCGCAAUUAUUUUACGAUCAUAAUAAAGAAGUUACAGCAUGGUUAAAGCCUUUUUCUUCCUAGAAAAAAAGGCUCUGUUUGUUAGUCUGUUUUAAAACAUUUGUGAUGCCAGAGAGCUCUAGAACACGUAAAGAGAAUUUAAGUAAGUGUUUUGAAUUAUUGUCUGUCAUAGAGAAAAAUGAAACCUCUUGUUCCUAAGCCCUCAAGAACGCUCAUACCUUUAAAACAAAUAGCCUGUCCCUGCCCUGAUGUUAAAUUAAGUCUUAAGCAAGGAAAACAAGGAGUGAACUGCACCAUCAGGAAGGCUACUUCCUUAUUUUGAGUCGUCAUCCUCACAAGUAAGAAUCUCUGACUUGGAUACUACAGCUUUAUUUUAUAUGGGGUAUGUUUUGUUUUUGAAAGAGCCUCAGUUUUAUCUUGGAACUUAUACAACUUGCCACCGUUAAGAACCAAGAAAACAAGAUACAUUGUAUAAGUGAUAGCUUAUACUCUAAUGUUUUGGCUUGAAUGCACAGCAGAGAAUAAAAUAUAAUAAGUAAGUUCUCAUACCCUAAGGUGCUGGGGUUGGGAGGGAGAGCAGCUAAAAUUUACAAUACUCAGGAAAAAAAAAUUAGCUUAUGAUAAUCAUCCAUCCCCAUGGCAUUAUCUUAUUGUUAAGGGACUUUAAACUAAAGAACAUUAAAUGGUCGUUUUCCUUCUUAAAUGAUCUCUCUGACAACCUGAAUUCAAUAGUUUUAUUUUUGUAACUGUUUUGAAAUAAGAUCUCUCUCUACUUUUUAUGUGGGAGUACUGGAAUAAAUGCACUUGAGAAGA